GGGCGCCUCUCUUGUUUACCACCUGGCCUCCCUGUGAAAAUGUCUUCAUCUCCCUUUUCUGCCCCUCAUUUUUACUCUGUUCCUCUUGCCCUAAAUUCCAUAAGGUCUCACAAGAGUUGAUAAAGCGUUAGUUAAGAUAAAGCACUCUCUUCGGGGAUUCUGCCGUUUGUUUGUCAUCACAUUGGUGACCAAUUGACUUCACAUCCCCUCGACACGGGCUGAUCACGUUUCUGCUCGACCAAUGGGAGGCGGCUGUGAUGCUCAGCAGCGCUAUAAAAACAAGGUGGACACACAGGGACGAGCAGGAAUGAAAAACAAUAGAAACACGCACACAGACAAAGCGUCUAGAGACUGUUUUAACUUUUUGAUAUUUUUUUAUACUUAACAUAAGGUAAGUCCGACCUGUUUUUUUUGAUUUUGUUGGCUGGUUUCUGCUGGUGUGUGCAAAUUCUACCAGGCGAAACGCUGUUCCUGUUUGUGUGCUGCAGAAACUUUCCCUUUGUGUUCACUUGUUAGGUUAACCCGUUAAGUGAUGCCUGUUUAACGCAAGUAUUGUGUGCUUAAUGUUGUGCGAUGUUUGUUUUUAGCCACCUAUCGUUUUACUUUAGCCUUUGUUGACUUUUUAGUGAGAAGAACAGAUGAAGUCGUGACAAAGCAGUUCAUUUAUGCAGCACCUUGCAAAACAACAGGUUUCUAUCAGGGAAGAAACACCGUGGUAGACAGAUGUUAGCACAAGGAUGUCAAAAUAUAUUGUCAGAAAUGAACCCACAAACACACAGUAAUGAUAACAUAAAAAUACAGAAAUUAGCUUAUUAGGAAAGAAACCUGAGAAAAAAGAUCGAGUUCUUCAUAAUUCUGUGCCUCUGGUGCUGUUUAGUUCUGCACACUUCCUGUCAGAGCUUUCAGCUGAACCCUUGUAUGUCAGCCUCGUGUUUUUCCAUACAUUCCUCUGUUAUUUAUGUGCUUCCACAUACAGAGGCUCCUCUGUUUGAAGCUUCCCAUUGCUGCUUUUCUCCUCUGCAGGUUCUGGGGUCAAGAAAAUGGCCACCUCAACAAGUUCAAAACUAAACAAAGCUGUUAAGCAGCAGUACAUGGGUCUCCCUCAGGGAGACAAGGUCCAAGCCAUGUACAUAUGGAUAGAUGGAUCUGGAGAGGGGCUGCGCUGCAAGACCAGGACACUGGAUUGUGAACCCAAAACAGUAGAGGGUAAGAUCUGGCUCCAGUUUGUUUGAUUUUUCUUGGUAACACAGUAGAAGAAUUUUAUCUCAUUGAUUUGUGUUUUCUUUAUCAGAUCUCCCAGAGUGGAACUUUGAUGGCUCCAGCACCUACCAGUCUGAGGGCUCCAACAGUGACAUGUACCUCAUCCCUGCAGCCAUGUUCAGGGACCCAUUCAGAGAGGACCCCAACAAGCUGGUGCUUUGUGAGGUGCUCAAGUACAACCGCAAACCUGAUGGUAAAUGAAUGAGGGAAAAAAAACUUGAUUUUUUUAUCGAUUAAAGCUGCUGCAGAAUCUCCACUCAUUCCCGUCUCCAAUAGACAACAACCUCCGCCACACGUGUAAACAGAUCAUGAGCAUGGUGGAGAACAGCCACCCGUGGUUUGGUAUGGAGCAGGAAUACACCCUCCUAGGAACAGAUGGGCAUCCCUUUGGCUGGCCUUCCAAUGGUUUCCCAGGUCCACAGGGUGAGUAUCCAGUAUCUGCCAGGAUCACUGUGAGAUGACAUGUAACAGAGGCCAGCUGUGUGUUCAUAAGUGUUUUCUUUCCCACCUCUUUAGGCCCUUACUACUGUGGCGUGGGAGCAGACAAGGCCUAUGGUCGAGACAUAGUGGAGGCUCACUACAGAGCCUGUCUAUAUGCUGGGGUUCAGAUCUGUGGCACCAAUGCUGAAGUCAUGCCAGCUCAGGUAUGUUCUGUUACAUAUUUUUGAUACUCUUACAGGUCAAUCUGUUGUGGUGUGUGUGUGUGUGUGUGUGUGUGUGUCCCUCCCAACUAGGACAAAAUCAGUUCGUAAUGGGUCUGCGUCUGUGUUUCAGUGGGAGUUCCAGGUUGGACCUUGUGAAGGUAUCAACAUGGGGGACCAUCUGUGGAUUGCUCGCUUCAUCCUCCACAGGGUGUGUGAGGAUUUUGGCGUGAUUGCCUCCUUUGACCCCAAGCCAAUCCCUGGGAACUGGAACGGUGCUGGCUGCCACACAAACUUCAGCACAAAGGAAAUGAGAGAGGACAAUGGACUCAAGUACAAUAAGUUUUUAUUUUAUUUUAUUUUUUUCAGCAAAUGAAGUAAAAUUUUGAUCAAGUUGUCGCUAACUAUCUUUUUUUUUUUUUUUUUUUUCUACAGAGUCAUCGAGGAGGCGAUUGAAAGGCUGGCCAAGAGACACAGGUAUCACAUCCAGGCGUACGAUCCCAGAGGAGGGCUUGACAAUGCCAGAAGGCUCACUGGCCACCAUGAAACCUCAAAUAUAGACGAGUUCUCAGCUGGCGUGGCAAACCGCGGUGCCAGCAUCCGCAUUCCACGCGCUGUGGGGCAAGACAAGAAGGGCUACUUCGAGGACCGCCGUCCAUCUGCUAACUGCAACCCGUACAUAGUCACAGAGUCUCUGGUUCGCACAUGCAUUCUCAAAGAAGAAGGAGAUGAGCCUACCGAAUAUAACAAGUAAACAUUUUGAGACUAAGUGCCAUGACCAGUACUGUAUUUAGCCUUCAAGACUUUUUGGAUCAAUAUGUACCUCCUAUGAUUUUUUUUUUUUUUUUUUUUUUUCUGUUUUUACUUGAUGGAUGUAAUAAUAACUGAGGUAUUCAGUCUUUACCUUCUGCACAAUCACUGCCUUUCUGCCAACACGUCUCGUCAUCAAAGCUGAAAACUUAAACUGUGUUUUGUCUUACUUGUUCAAGUUUGUACUGUUUUUAUGAGCAGCAGGUUUUUGCUGUGGACAUUGUUACUCUGACCCAAAGGAUUCCAAAGGCAACUGAAUGUUUGCUCAGUCUGUGGCAAUGUUGUCGUGUUUUUUUUUUUUUGUUUGUUUUUUUUUUUGUUUUUGUUUUAAAUCAUGUUUUGCAUAGAUAAGGUCAAUACAUAAGCCAGAUAACUUUACUGUAGGUUUUUUUAAAUGCAUGUGUGUUCUGUUUGUUUUUCACCUGUAAUUGUCUCUUGUAAAAGUAAAUAAACAGCUAACAUUUUUAUAUCUGAAAUAUUGACUCUAA